AUGAUUUACUCUAUUUGGAAUGUCAGGGGCCUGAAUGACCCUGGCAAAGUUGCCUAUGUAAGGAGGUUGCUUCACUCUCAUUCAAUUUAUGUUGUUGGAUUGCUUGAAGGAAAAAUAAAAUUGAAAAAUGUUCUCACUUAUCAGAGGAAGUUUGGUUCUUCUUGGCUUUGGUUGUGUAAUUAUGAUAAUUCUCCCGAAGGGAGGAUUUGGCUUGGUUGGAAUGUGGAUAGAGUAAAGGUUAAUGUCUUGAAGAUUCAAAUUUUUCUCACUGUUGUCUAUGGUCUUCAUUCCAUUCAUGAUAGGCUUUCUUUGUGGGAGGGGCUCAGAAGCAUCUCUAUCCAGCAUUCUCCUUGGCUUUGUGUUGGUGACUAUAACUCUGUUCUUCAUGCUUCUGAUAGGCUUCAUGGUGCUGAUGUUACUGAUUAUGAGACUAGAGACUUUCAGAAUUUGGUUGAUGAUUUGGACCUCCCUGAGCUCAAAAGCAAAGGGUCCUUCUACUCUUGGUCUAAUAAGGCUCAUACUGGCCCUAGAACGCUCUCUAGACUUGAUAGAGCCUUUGGUAAUCAAGCUUGGUUAGCUUCUCAUGGGCAUGUGGAGACUGUUUAUCUCCCUCCUUCUUUAUCUGAUCAUAGUCCUAUUUUGUUGGAUAUUUGCUCCGGCCCUAUUGGGAAAGGUAGACCUUUCCGAUUUCUAAAUUUUAGUGCGGAUCACCCUGAUUUUCUUGAUACUGUUUCGCAGGCUUGGGGCUCUGGUAGGUCUGUUUGGCAGAAGCUUAAUUCUGUAAAGUCUAGUAUCAAAUCUCUUACUAGCAAGCAGUUUGGUAACAUUGAGGAAAAGAUUGACUAG